GCCUCCCCAGUCCCCGCCCCUCGCGCCUUCGUUUAUUCCUCCGCGCGCUGGGACCCGCUGCUUCUUCGCCAGAACCACCCGGUUGCUUGCUGUCCCAGCGGCGCCUCCUCAUCACCGUCGCCAUGCCCGGAGGUCUGCUUCUCGGGGACGUGGCCCCCAACUUUGAGGCCAAUACCACCGUCGGCCGCAUCCGUUUCCACGACUUUCUGGGAGACUCAUGGGGCAUUCUCUUCUCCCACCCUCGGGACUUUACCCCAGUGUGCACCACAGAGCUUGGCAGAGCUGCAAAGCUGGCACCAGAAUUUGCCAAGAGGAAUGUUAAGUUGAUUGCCCUUUCAAUAGACAGUGUUGAGGACCAUCUUGCCUGGAGCAAGGAUAUCAAUGCUUACAAUUGUGAAGAACCCACAGAAAAGUUACCUUUUCCCAUCAUCGAUGAUAAGAAUCGAGAGCUUGCCAUCCUGUUGGGCAUGCUGGAUCCAGCAGAGAAGGAUGAAAAAGGCAUGCCUGUGACAGCUCGUGUGGUGUUUAUUUUUGGUCCUGAUAAGAAGCUGAAGCUGUCUAUCCUCUACCCAGCUACCACUGGCAGGAACUUUGAUGAGAUUCUCAGGGUAGUCAUCUCUCUCCAGCUGACAGCAGAAAAAAGGGUUGCCACGCCAGUUGAUUGGAAGGAUGGGGAUAGUGUGAUGGUCCUUCCAACCAUCCCUGAAGAAGAAGCCAAAAAACUUUUCCCGAAAGGAGUCUUCACCAAAGAGCUCCCAUCUGGCAAGAAAUACCUCCGCUACACACCCCAGCCUUAAGUCUCUUGGAGAAGUUGGUGCUGUGAGCCAGAGGAUGUCAGCUGCCAAUCAUGUUUUCCUGCAGCAAUUCCAUAAACACAUCCUGGUGUCAUCACAGCCAAGGUUUUUAGGUUGCUAUACCAAUGGCUUAUUAAAUGAAAAUGGCACUAAAAGUUUCUUGAGAUUCUUUACUCCCUGCCUUCACCAGCAAUCAAUUCCAUUCAUACAUCAGCACUCUACUGGUUCUGUUUGAAAUAUGUUCUGUAUUUAAAACUCAAAUCUUGUUGGAUCUCUGCAGGGCUUGUGACCAAUGAGGUCAUAUUUGUUGAUGGUUGACAAAGCUUGCUUCACUCCAUCAGAGAAUGACUAUCAAUUUUUUUUUAACUCUCCUAUCAUGUCCUCUCUUCUGUCACCCAUUUUGAAGAGUGGCAGAACUUGAGGUUCAACUUCCUCUGUAAAUAUCCAAGUAUAAAGCCCAGGAACUUCUAGAAUAACCCAGAUGCGCUUUAAUAUUCUUUUAAUAUGUUUUGAUCACAGAACUUCUAGAAUAACCCAGAUGCUCUUUAAUAUUCUUUUAAUAUGUCUUAAUCACAGCUGGGGGAAAAAAGCUUUUUAAUUCUGUACCUUUCUAGCAUAUAAGUGAAGAGCAGGGGAAGAGACCUUUAAAUAUUUUGCUAUAAAAAAAUUUGUGAUAAGUUUCUGUCAAAAUGGGGAGAUUGCAGAAAAGGCUUCCCUUGUCUUCCAAGGAGGUAUAGCAGGUGUGAGCAAUAUUAGUGCCAUGUGCCUUUCACACAGGGUUUGCAUUUAUCAGUCUGUUUUCCGAUGAGGUGUACAUGAAAGAGUACACCAUGUGAAGAGAAGAGAGAAUGAUUGAAAAUGUUUUAUUAUAGAACUCUUCUUGCAGUGGGUUGCUAUUUUCUAGAUUUUACUUUUUAGAGAACAAAAUAAAAUCCUUUGUUAAAACUGG